AAGAACCCUUCCGUCACCUCUUACCCGCAGGAUGACUUUGUCCAGGAAAAACUCUCCAAUUCUAAGAACUCAACUCUAUAUUUUUACCCAAUCGAUCAGAUCGCUGCGAAAAAUAGACCCUCUAAAUAUUAAUAGAUUGACAUACGUAUACAUAUGUACAUAUACGUAUGUCUAAAAGUAUCUGGAUCAACAAAAUGGGCUAAAACGGGCUAAAAUUAAUACAUUGUGACAAUAGGAAAUAGAAUUAGGUUAAAAAAGUUGAAGGGUAUAAGUUUAAGGACAAAAUUGAAACAUCUCUCAGUCCACGUUGACCUAUCGUGACAUCAACAUUUGCAUUAGCAAUUACACAACAAUAAAAAUCUUUACAAUCUAUCCAAACAUCAAAAAAUUAAAAAUUUUACGAAAGAUAAUAUUACGAAAUAAUUUUUAAUUUGUGCAAUACAUACAUAAAUCAUGGACAAAAUGGAGACCUCCGAACUUCAGAUCAAGGACGAGCUAUAUGAAGAAUUCAGUUGGAAUUUUAAAAUUCCGAAGCGCUCCAGAAUUCAGGACAAUAUAAGUCGAGUUACCAAUUCAGGAUUUAUCUUUCCUAAUUUGAAAUUCAGCAGGGGAUUCCUCUCGACAAUGGAUCAUACUUUGAGCGUCGGGAUUUAUCCGGAUCAAAUAAACGCGUCUUUGUACCUUCCAUUCCAACCAAACAAAUUUCUCGAGUUACGUACCUGCCGUUUGGAGCUAUUUUCGUCGACAUCGCCCACCCCACUUCGUCCCGUAUACAGCACCCGGCUAAGCUAUACCGUUGACCCCGUGCCCAUCGGGGACAAAUUGUUCCACCGCUACGCCGCCGUUUGGAAUUCGGAAUCACCUUGGGACGAUGCAGUGGACGCGUUGAGGCUGAAACAUGGAAUCGUGUAUCACGAACGCGGAGAGGUUACUCCCUAUGCGAAUGCAGACCUCCCCAUGAAACUGCAGCUUCGUGUGGACGGCGACGAUGCAAAUUUUGGCGGGUUUGAUAACAUGUUCUUAUCACGAAAAGAGUCUGAUGUUAUGUUCAUUUGCGAUGAGAAUGUCGAACUUCCCGCGCAUCGCUUCCUCCUCUGCAGUAAGAGCACUGUAUUCAAAAGAAUGUUUGCACACGACAUGAAGGAGGCGAAAGGAGGAAAAAUAAUCGUGGACGACAUUUCUGCCCCAGUUUUGAAGGAAUUUUUACGCUUUUUGUACUGCCGGGAGGUUAACUCGACGGAGGAUGAUCACCUCCUGAUGGAGGAAUUGUUCAAGGUCGCGGAAAAGUAUGAUGUUCCGAAGCUGAAAUAUAUUUGCGAGAAGAGUCUCGUCGAAAAUGUGGGUGUGGAAAAUGCUACGGAAAUGUAUUGUUUGGGAGACAUUUACAACGGAGACGUUUUGAAGGAGCAGGCGCUCAGGGUUAUGAUCAGAAAUAAGGACCGAAUAUUUCCAGAUGCAGCGACAAUGAAGGAAUUUUUGGACCUAUAUCCUGGCGUUGUUUUUAAGUUGUUACAAAAUUAGCGACAUAUGAACUUAUGGAUUUAACGGUUUAACGAUUCAACGAUUCACUAAAUUUGCUUUAAACAAAUUGAACUGCAUGUGCAUGCAAAAAAAAUCAAAACCAAAAAUACGCAUUGACCCGAAACCGAUUGACAUCGACUCACAACCAGAAAAUAUUUUGUAAAAAUAUUUCGAAAGACAACUUGUAAGACGACAAUAAUUGAAUUGCACGGAGUUUUAGUAAAAAAAAACCGAAGAAAAAGUUUGCUUUAAGUAUUAAUCAACAUUUAGAAUGCUACCUGCCAUUAAUCAUCAAGACAUGCAGGAGAAGAUGUGAAAUUUUUUGAAUGACUAACUUCAGUGACAUCAUUAUUUUCAUACAGAAUGUCAACAUAGUAUUUUUAUUUGCUUAUUUUUUAUUAAGAAAAAAUUAUGUUGAAUUUCAGAGACAAAAUUUAUUUAGGUCUGUAAUACAAGUUUACAAAUUUUUCUCAUUGAAAAAAUUUUCCACUUUAGCGUGACAUUUGGACCACGCUGUAUAUGCAUGAUACGUAUUUAUUAAUCUUAAGUAUGCUCAUAUUUAUGUAGGUAGCCAGUAAAUUACAAAAUAUGGUACAUAAAUCAUCAAUGAUUUUUACAGUUCUGAAUUAAAUUAAAUUAUUUACUCCUCAUGAUUUGAUUCCAAUCGAAGAAGAAUAUAGAACAACCCUUUCCUAACCUAACUUAAGAUAUGACGUACAUAUAAAAUUUAUACUACAAAUGUGCAAAUUCGCCUAAUUACAAAAAUCUGAUAUUCCCCCUAGUUCGUAGUUUAGAUAUUAAACAAAGAAUAAAAUUUCCUAGUUGAUCAAGCCGAAUAAUAUUCAGAUCAAUUGGCAUUAUGCAAAUGAAAGUGCUUAUACGUACAUAUUAAAUGAACAGGUUGUAGGAAAAAUGUGAGCUAAUUAAGCUAAGCUAAUUAAUUUUGCCUUAUUUGCAUCGUGCGAAAAAAUUUAUCCUGGUUGAUGUAUGUAUACAUAUGUAGCAAUAAAACGAUUGAAUACGCAACGUCA